AUGGUGAGAACUCGAAGAAAGGAAUAUUCUGCCGCAGCGAACAACGAUGACGAUGGAUUGACUUCCAAAAAAAGGAAAAUGAAAUAUAAAACAUACGAUGAAACGGACGAGGAAGAUGAUUUUUUUGCCGAUGAUUAUCGCCCCGAAGAGGAUGAUAUGAUCGAUUCCGAGAUGGAAGAGUUGUCAGAAGAAGAGGUAAAGAAACUCAAACAAGCGAAAGUGAGAGUUCCGAAAAAGAAAGUUAAAAAGACCACAGAAGAACGAUUAAAACAAGUGGUAGGAGAGGAUAAUUCCCAAAUUAUGGAAGAGGAAGCGGCAGACCAAGAGGACGACGAUGGAUCAGGAGGUUUAAACACCAAACGAUUAUUGGAUGCUCGUUCUAAAAAAAGCAAAGAGAAUGGAUUGGGAACAAGGUUUCUUUUAUUUACCGAAAUUCGAUUGUUAUUUGCCAAGACAUAUCUUGCACUCGAUUUUGGGAUAUUUACCUGCAUUCCCUUACUAUUUGACCAUAAGACUGACAAGUCAACAGUGGCUGGACGAUUUCGAUAA